UGCAGUCUCUCAGACUACACAGUGCUUAUUAUUAGGGUAAUUACGGUAAUUUCACAGUGCCGGACCGCUGGCCUCUAUCAGUGUGUUUAUCUGCUGUUGCUGCAGGUUAAUUGAUCAGUGGUGACAUUAAAGCCAGUAACACAAUUUUUCAUACAUUAACAAUACUUACUAUAGUAUCCUCUAUAUUAUUAUUAGAUACGUAAGCUAGCUAAUGCUAACUAACACACAUAAAAUCUAGCUAACUUUGUGAGCUAACUAACACAGAAAUAUAACCUAACUAACUUAGCUAACAUUACCUAAAACACACUCUAAAGCUGUUUAACAACACACACCUGAGCAUAUUUAUGCAGGAGUUCCGUCAGUUCUGGUUUCAGGCUAGAGCUGGGAGCCACAGUAUCAGGACUUCGGAGGGAAUCUUGCAGUUACUGAGGACGAGCAGCUUUAGCAAUAUGUCUUUACUGAACUCGGUAAAGACGGUGGUUCAGCGGCCAGUGAAGAUUAACCGGCAGAGCUGGGAGAACUUCCAGCACGGGAAGAACAACCACCCCAGCAGGAGCGAGAAACGUCCACACGUGUUAAUGGACGGACAUGGGGACGCUCCUGCACUGAAACAGGCCAGGCAUCAGCUGGAGAGAGAUACUGUCGUUAGCACCAGCAGAACUUCUGGUAAGAGGAAGCUGGCGGAGACAGCAGAGGAUGAAGCUCCAGUAAUGAAAAAGGCUCAAAUCCAGCUGGAGAGAGCGCCUCCCACGGUAUGGAUCAUAGGAGACAGCUAUAUUCGCCGUGGGGAGGAGAUAGCGAGGAGCUCACUGGGAGGCGACCUGGGCGUGCAGGCUGAGGUCAGCUGGUUCGGCUGGGGAGGACUGAGGUGGCGAGGUCUCGUCCCGUUCUUCAACAAAUCUCUACUAGGAAGAGCGGCUCCGGACGUGCUGAUCACCCACUGUGACGGGAACGACAUUGGAGGGAUGAACGCCGGUCAUCUCAGCGCAGAGAUGAAGGCGGAUCUGCAUGAUCUCCACCGUCGUUUCCCACACAUGAAGAUCAUGCUGUCGGAUAUCACCCCACGACGUCAGUGGAGGUCCACCACUCAUCCCAAAAGGAUUGACGCAGCCCGGAAAUGGCUAAACAGUGAGAUGGCCGAUUUCAUCUUGGGAGUGGAGGGGGGUGUUAUUCAUCACCCAUAUAUCCUGUUCCACAACCCUCGACUCUUCCUUAGAGACCAAGUUCCUUUGGGCAAUGAGCUGUUUUUAAAUGACCUUGCAGAAUCCCUGAAAACCUUCAUAUAAUAAAGGUGAUUCUGCUGA